AUGAAUAAUGACUCCAAUGCGGAGAACAUAUUGAAAUCUGAAUUUUCCCUCGACGAUGUACAGAGUCUAUCAAAUGCCUAUGGGUUAACUCUCGGCCGCAACCGUCGCCCUCAACAUCAUGUCACGACUUCUGACCAUUUUUCUGGUUCCACUCCUGACAUUCGCGGCCUCUCGAUCGACCCACUCCGAAACAGCUCGAUUCAAAGCGACAUUUUAAUAAGCAAACUUCGCGAAGAAAAUGAACUGCUCAAGAAAGAAGCUUCGAUCAAAGAGGCGAAACUUCAAUCCAACAUCCGCAGCAUCCGAACCUUCUGGUCCCCUGAACUGAAAAAAGAACGAAACACUAGAAAAGAGCAUGAAGCGCGGAGCAAGCGGCUGGAGGCCGAACUCCGUGGGCUUCAGGGAGGUGACAUGUCAGAGAAUAUGCUGCAUCGGGAGAAUAUGGUGCUACGGCGAGCUGUUCAAGACUUGGAAGCGCGCGUACAAACCCAGCGAGAAACCUUGGAGGCAAGAGAGAUCUCGCUCAGAAGAGCGCUUCAGUUGGCCGCAGCGCAUGAGCAGAACCUGUCCGGCAAGGGCAUACAGUCAGAAGAAACCUACAGAGCGCUGCUGAGUAUAAAAGACGAUAAGAUUGCAGCAUUGGAGAAAUGCGUCAGAGAUCUUGAGGAGAAUCUAAGAGCAUACGAACGCCAGUUUGGAUCAGCAACGGGAUCACUGCUGCGCUCCAGACGAGGGUUGAAUGACGCAGAAGGCGAUCAAAUGCUCUGCGCACAGAAUAAUUAUCUCAAGACCAAAGCUGAUGGUUUAAAAUGCGAGCUGAGCAUCAAAGAAGCUGAAAUUUCGAACUUGAAGACGCGGCUAGAAGCGAUGCAGCGCUCGGAUCAGGAGACGCGCAACCACUUGGAAGCCGUUCGGGAAUCUCUCAAUGCCAAAACAAGCCGUUGUGUGCAGCUUCAAUCUGAAAACGAACGACUACGAGCAAAGCAAACUGACUCCUACAAUUAUUCGUCUCCUCAACGAACCGUCGAACGACCACUCUCCCACGAACUCGAGGUGAAAGAGCAUCAAAUCAAGCUGCUCAAAAGUCGCUAUGAAAAUCUCGAACUUCAACUGGCCGAUAAAGACAGACGGCUACUCGAGCUUGAGGAGAAAAUAAACCAUGCGAAUGGAAUUUCCUCUAGGGAUGAAAAAUCGAGUGCAGAAGCAAGGGUUGCUAUGAAAGCGUUAGAAGAUGCUCUUAGCGACAAGGAUGAAGCUAUGAAAAGGGAGAGGACUCGAUACGAGAAAGAGCUUAAGGAAGAACGAAACCGCCGCAUCGAGCUUCAAUCCCAACUCGACAACCCCGAAGAAAACGAGCGAGAAAAGAUGGAGAUGCGCCUCGAAAUCCAAAAGCUUCAAGCGCAGUGUCAGAUGGGCCAGCAAGCCCUACAAGACCAGGAUCAAAGGGCGGCUAAAGCAGAAGCUCUCCACGCUCGUCUCAAGGGACAAAUGGAAGAGAUCUUAAAUGAUUUCGACCAAACCAAGAAUGCUUACACAGUUCUCCAGCAAAAAUUCAAUCAGCUCCGACGGUCACGAGAAAAGGAUGAAAAGAUCCUGAUGAGUGCCAAACGUGAAACUGCCACUCACUGUCUCAACGAACUUGAAAUUCGAGCCGAAUUGCUCGAAAUAAAAGGAAAGAAAGCCGAAGCAAAGCAAGGUUCAUCAACUCGCGAAUAUGGAACUUCAGCCGCUAAUGCACAAGCUGCUGCCGCAGCGAUAGCUCGGCUAGAGAAGAAAAUGAUGCCAGGAGGAUCUUCUUCGAAUAUGAAUAGAGCCACCCUCAGGGCGGCUAGGGAACAAAACGAUCGGGCUAAACAGGGAGAUAAAGCCCUGGUGGACUCUCUUCAAGCUCCAGAAGAAAAGAAAAUCGAGGCUGCAAAGGUCUUGAGCGUUGAUGGAAUUUACUACACGUGUCCAUUGAGUGGAGAAGUCAUACCAAAAAGUGACUAUAUCUCGUAUCUGGAGGCAUUUUUAAAUUCCCUCGAGCCGGUUCCCUCCAUGGAAACAUCGGUAGUCAAGAUAAUGUGUCUGAAUACUCACCGAGAAAAUCGAGAAAAAGCGAUUGAAAUAAUCGGCAAAUACCUAAACAACAUCAAAUCUAAUCCAGACGAGGAAAAAUACAAGAAAAUCAAAUGGAAUCACAAACUCUUCCAAGAAAAAGUUCACUCUCAAAAAGGCUCCACAGAUUUUCUCAAAAGCAUAGGCUGGGUUGAAGAAACAUUGGAGGGCAUUCCAUUCUUGAUUUUUAAAGGAACACUGGAGAAUAUUGGCCAAGGACUAAUUGCACUUCAAACUGAUGAAAUUCCAAGACCUACGUUGCACCGAAUGCCAAAAUUAUUGACACCUACUGAUGGUCAACAACGAGUUGAACUUCCCGAUGAUUUCUUCAAAAUAACUGGCAAUGAGUUGAAAAAGAGCCAAGCUGAUAAGAAUAUUCAAUCGCAACAGUUAGACAUGCUUAUGACAAAAAAGAUGCGUGAGGAUGCAGCAUUGUUGAAUAAACGGACGUAUUGCUACAGUUUGAUACGCAUUCGCAUGCCGGAUUCUAACUAUUUACAGGGAACAUUCAAUGUCUACGAAAAAGCAUCGACCAUCAUCGAUUUCAUGAAAGAAAACAUCAUCGAGGACUUCAACUGGGUCCCCUUCAAACUUCGAUCCGCAGAUGGCACCUUUAUCUUCCUUGAAAAUACUGAAGUCCUCGAAAAAACUUUGGUCGAACUUUCUCUUGUUCCAAGCGCUACUUUGACGUUUUGCUUCUACGACGAUGAUAUUCGCGAGCAGCUUCCGCGACAGCUCGUCAAGGAUCUGUCUUAA